UUUUCAAAUAAAUUUUGGAGUCUUCUAGUGAAGUACGCUCCCACAUUUAUGACAUUCACUUCAUUCACACCACCUUAAAUUAUCCAAAAAAAAUAUUUGUACCUUCACUCUCCAUUACCUUGCAAAUUCAAAACUACCCACAAAGAGAACGCCAAAGACCAGGGGAACUACUUAAUAAUGGCGGUUAUGGGAUCGUGGGUUUUCCGAUUACUCGUUAUUGGGUCGACUUUUUUGGCGUUUUGGAGUGAAGUUGAAACGGUUUACGCAGAGGGAGAAGGAAAUUUGGUGGAUUUCAUCACGUGGAGUGACAUGAAGGUGGAUUUGAAAAAACAGAGGCUGGAUUUGAGGGAUGGAUAUAACAGGAGUCGAGUCAUUGUAGUUGAUCAGAGUGGAAAGGGAGAUUCAGUUACAGUACAAGGUGCGGUUGAUAUGGUUCCGAUGAAUAAUUCUGAAAGAGUGAAAAUCUACGUUCUUCCCGGGAUCUACAGGGAAAAGGUGUUGGUUCCAGACUCCAAGCCUUACAUUUCAUUAAUCGGAGUCGAAAAUCGAACUUCGGAAACCAUCAUCACUUGGAAUGAUAAAGCCUCAGACAAAGAAAAGGAUGGAAGAGAACUGGGGACAUCUAGAUCAGCUUCUGUUGCCAUAGAAUCUGAUUUCUUCUGUGCAACUGGAAUCACCAUCGAGAAUUCAGUGGUUGCUGUCCCCGGAGCUCAUGGGAAUCAGGCUGUUGCAUUGAGGAUAAAAGGCAAUAAAGCUAUGUUUUAUAGAGUGAGGAUUUUGGGGACACAGGACACGCUUUUAGAUGAUUAUGGAUCACAUUAUUUCUACCAAUGUUACGUUCAAGGAUCCAUCGAUUUCAUAUUUGGUAGUUCAAGAUCGCUGUAUCAGGAAUGUGUUCUUCACUCAACAGCUCAAAGCUAUGGAGCAAUUGCAGCUCACCACAGAGACACACAAGAAGAGGAUACGGGGUUCUCUUUUGUGAACUGUACAAUCAACGGCACUGGCAUGGUCUAUUUAGGAAGAGCUUGGGGGGACUACUCGCGAGCAAUAUACUCCUACUGCGUUAUCGACAGUGUAGUAACUCCAUCCGGAUGGAGCGACUGGAAUCAACCGUCCAGGCAGAAGACCGCGGUGUUUGGGGAGUUCCAGUGUAGAGGCGAAGGAGCGGAUAGAAAGAAGAGAGUGGCAUGGUCCAGGUCUUUCAGUUAUGAGGAAGUUAGGCCUUUUCUGGAUAUGACUUUCAUUUCUGGAGAGCAAUGGCUGAGACUAUAGAACUAUUUUAAUUUCAUGUGUUUCAUUCAUUCUGGAUUCAAAGCAGGCAAAUUAGGUUUUGGGGAUGUGGGGGCAUUUCUUAGGCCAAAACAUUGAACAUCUGGAACUGAAGUUUUGAGCAUUUGUCUACUUCA